CCAGCUGUUCCAAACCAAAUUUAUUCAUAUCAUUCAAAAAAUUACGUAAUAACUAUUAGGUAUAUGUAUUCUUCUAUUCCUAAAAUAAAAUGAAUGAAACUAAAAAUGAUGAUUUUUGUGAAAAUGAUGCUUUACUGCUAACUAAAAAAAAUUACAAAGUGGGGUAAGUACCUACAACUUAGUUAAAUACUUUUCAUUGCAUUGUUUACAAUGACGUUUUAAGGUGAGAGGGGGUCAGAGGUUUGUGACGUUGUGUGUCAUGGGAGGGGGGGUAUAUUGCAAACAAUUAUUUAAGACCUUAUUUUAUGAAGUUUAUGAUAAACAAAAUAUCACUUGAGUGGCCUCCGUGGCUAUUUAUACAGGGUGAUAGUACGGUGGUCCAAACAAUAAAAGUUUUAAAUAUUUUUUUCUCCACAUCUAAAUGACUCCGCUAAACAAAUUUUAAUUUUAGGGUUGUAGAUAAUAUAAAAAUUGUUAAACAUGGUGAACAUGACAAUAAAAAAAUAUCUAGGAUACAAAAAAUACCACCCAGAUUAAGACAGUUUUAUGUAGCUAUAGGACCAAUUUUAGUAACUACCAGUGUAGGUAUGGCUGAAGGAUAUUCUGCUAUAUUACUUCCAAAAUUAGAAAAAGAGGGGAAUUUCGAAAUUGACAAUGAUUUAUCGUCAUGGAUAGCUUCAAUGGCGGCCUUACCCAUGGCUCUAGGCUGUAUUUUGGGGGGCUAUUUAAUGGAAAUAAUCGGUAGAAAAGUGGUACACAUGUUGGCUUGUAUACCCCUAAUUAUAGGGUGGUUAAUAAUAUAUUACGCAUCCGAUGUAAAUAUGAUUUUGGCAGGAAGAUUUUUUACGGGUUUUUGCGUAGGGCUGCUAGGCCCCCCUACAGGGGUUUACAUGAGCGAAACAUCAGACCCUAAAUUUAGGGGAUUUCUUUUGGCAGCCAUAUCUUUUGCUAUAGCUCUAGGAAUUUUUUUGGCACAUCUAUUGGGUACAUACAUGAGUUGGCAAAACACUGCCCUACUGUGCUGCAGUUUUCCAGUGAUGUGCGUUUUUGUGAUGAUACCAGCACCCGAAUCUCCAACAUUUUUGGCGAAAAUUGGAAAAAUCGAAGAAGCUAGAAAGGCGUUUUACUGGUGCAGAGGAUAUUCUGAAGCGGCUACACAAGAGUUGGAGGUAUUAAUAGAAAGACAAGGCAUAUUAACCAAAGAACCUAAAAAAAGUAUAAAAGAAUACUUUCAAGCAUUGAACAAACCUGAAUUUUUAAAACCCCUCAUGAUUAUAAUGAUAUUUUUUAUAACCAUGCAAUGGUCAGGGAACAACGCUAUAAGUUUCUACUGUGUGGACAUAAUGAAAAAAACUUUCGGAGACAAUUUGGAUGAAUAUUUAUCGAUGUUAAUAAUAGACACUAUACGUCUUGUUAUGUCAGUAAUUGCCUGUAUUUUGCUGAAGAAAAUCGGAAGAAAACCCCUGGCAAUACUAAGUGGAGUUGGCACAUUCUUAUCCUUAUUCGUACUAAGCGGUUUUGUUUUCGCUACAAAAUAUUAUAGUGACAUAGCAACUUAUACGUUUGUACCUAUGACCUGUUUGGUGCUGUAUACCGGUUUUAUAACAAUUGGUUUCGUACCCCUACCAUGGACCAUGAUGGGUGAGGUUUUCCCAUUGGCCAACAGAGGGCUGGGUAGCGGUAUCGUUGCCAUGGUGAAUUACAUAAUGAUUUUUGCCGUCGUCAAGGUUACGCCAAGCAUGCUGCUCAAUUUGGAUUCCGAUGGUACCUAUUUAACUUACGCGGUCUGUUGUUUCUUAGGAACCAUUUUCCUAAUUUUAUAUUUACCUGAGACCAAGGAUAAGCCACUACAUGUAAUUGAGGAUCAUUUUAAGAGUAAACCAAAGAAUGUGGAUUAGAUACCAAAUAAAUUAUUUUUUAUUUUUAAAUGACAUUUAAUUGAUUUUUCCUUUAAAGAUUCCAAAAACAUUGGAUUUUGGGAAAUCUAACCUUAAUUUUACAUUUAAGGCCAUAGGUAUUUGAUUUUCGAUUGUUUUUUGUAUUAUUAUUUUUAAAUGCAGAGCAAAAAUCCCACAAAAUCAUAAUUAGGUAUAUUUUACUACAAAAAUAAAUAUGUCAAAAAACCUAACCUCAAUUUAUUUGUUUACUUUACAAAUUUUUCAAAUAAUUCCCCAUAACUUUCAUUGCAACAUUUUCUGUGUUUUAAUUCCAACUCAUGGACGAUUUCUUUGUUCAAAGUUUUCAACAUUUGCAAAUUUUUAGAGGCCCUAUUUUGAAUUAUAACUUUUCUCACCAAAUUUACAAAUUUUUCCAAAAUUAUUUUUCGUUUCAUCCACCUUUCUACGCAACAAAUAUCAGAAAAAUCGGGUGGUUUCUACAAUUAACAAGUUUUGUUUUGAGUUUACCAAAACUAAACAAAAAUACCCAAAAACUAUUUUAUAUGUUAGUUUGCAAAUUUUAAAUAAUGCCUACCUUAUUGUAUAGCAGUUCUCAGCUCACAAGAAACCAAAAACACUAUUGUACUUAAAAAAUUGUCACAAAACGUAUAUUUUACUUUAAAAACACUUUUUUCUUUCUUAGCGUUAUUUUAACUGUCAUUUACGCGGUCUAA